CUACGAACUCGACCAUCGAACAGCCACAGUAAGGAUUUACGAAUCUGAUCCCCGCGGGCGCGACUAAUCGGACUAUAAAUACCGGAUGAUUAUAUUGGCGGUGGUCCGGUCAAAGGAGAAGAAAUCAGUCAACGCGACAAGAGAGAGAAACACUCACAGCGAGACUCGUGGUGCCUCGCACGCCCUGAUACGUGGAAGCAGGUGACGAAAAAUGGCCAGAUCUCGAGCUCUAAAAAUGGCGAAUUUGUGUGCCUUCUGAGCCCUAACACUUCCCUCCCUUCAUCGAACGCUUAUCCGUGCUGUUCGAUCCACCGAUCUUGAUCCGGGCGAUAGGAUUCGUUUCUUUUUCAGGAGACUGUGGUCUGCAUUGCUCUGUUUUUGUCUUUCUCUCCUCAAUUUAUUUCCGCAUUGGGUUCUUCAUUUCAGCUCCUUAAUCUUUCUAGAUAGCAGAAAAGUAGAAAAUGGCAGAGGUGACGAAAGUGCUGUAUAUUGUAGUCGUUGAUGAAGAUACCAAAGAAAAAGGGAAAGUUUCAUUUCGUUAUACCAGACCUGUACUGCAGAGCACCCUACAGCUUAUGGGUUGCAAAGCCAGACAUGCUUUUAAGAUUAGCCAGAGCGUUUUUGGAACUCUGAAGAAUGAGCUUAGUGUGGAUGCGUUGGUUUCAGGAGAAAUAAACAAAAUACCUGAACAAACACAGAACAGAAUCAAUGACGGUUUUAAUCGUUUUGUUUUGGAGCAAAAUGGUAACAACAACAAGGGGAAACUAUUUGAGCUAUACAAAAGACGCACAACUAGAGUUGUUAGAAGAGAAACUUUUUUAGAUGUUGUUUGUGAUGCUCUUGCUGAAUACAAGUAUGUAAGUCCUAAUCAUAGGGCUGACUUAAUUUUAGCUUGCAGAAUACGAGAAAGGAAGCAAUCAGUGACUGUUCUGUUGUGUGGAACUAGUGGCUGUGGAAAAUCUACUUUGUCUGCAUUACUGGGUGGUAGGUUGGGUGUGACAACAGUGGUUUCUACCGAUUCUAUUCGUCAUAUGAUGAGGAGCUUUGCCGAUGAAAAGCAGAAUCCCUUACUUUGGGCUUCGACAUAUCACGCUGGAGAAUGUUUGGAUCCAGUAGCCAUAUCAGAAGCGAAAUCCAGAAAAAAGGCAAAGAAGUUGGCUGGUUUUCCGCAGCCACACCUGAAGGACGACCUUGUUGAUGGUUCUUCCUCUCAGAACCAACCACAAGAUAAUGGCUCCAGUUCGGCUGAAUUCAUCAGCCCAAAACAAAUUGCUAUUGAAGGAUACAAGGCACAGAGUGAAAUGGUUAUAGACAGUCUAGAUCGGCUAAUAACUGCGUGGGAAGAGAGGAAAGAGUCUGUUAUCGUCGAGGGUGUUCAUUUAAGCCUUAAUUUUGUUAUGGGGCUUAUGAAAAAACAUCCUUCGAUCGUGCCAUUCAUGAUUUACAUAACAAACGAGGACAAACACAUGGAACGGUUCGCCGUUCGUGCAAAGUACAUGACAUUAGACCCUGCAAAGAACAAGUACGUGAAAUAUAUCAGAAACAUACGCUCAAUUCAAGAAUACCUCUGCAAGAGAGCCGACAAACAUUUAGUUCCAAAGAUAAACAAUACUAACGUGGACAAGAGCGUGGCUUCGAUUCACGCCACAGUCUUCAGUUGUCUUAGAAGGCGAGCUAUCGGAGGGGAACAGCUUUACGAUCCCAUAACCAACACAGUUUACGUUGUGGAUGAGGAAUACAGGAACCAAUGCACUGCAAAUUCAUUGAGUUCUAAGUGCAUGUUUCAGCUUAUUCAAAGACAAGGAUCGUCGAGGCAUCUGAUGGCUCUUCUUAAUACUGAUGGUUCUGUGGCCAAGGCUUGGCCUGUUAAUUCCCUUGAUAUUAAUGGGAAACCUACUUUGGGUGGUGCGGCUAAGAAUGGGGUUGGAAGUCCUAUGUAUGGACCAUUGUUGAUUGGUAAGGCUGAGCCUUGUAAUCUUCAGUUCGGUCAUUAUGGGAUAAGUGCUUGGCCGAGUGAUACUGGCUGUACAAGUCAUGCCGGAAGUGUGGACGAGUCCAGGGACAAUGGUAGCCGAUAUUACUCAUCCUGCUGCAGCUCGCCAAGGAUGUCUGAGGGAGCUUCCAAAGAGCUGAAGGAAGAGAAUUCUGUCCAUGGUAGUGAUGAUGAAGAAGAGGAGAUACUUGAUCCUCUUGAGGUGGGCUCCGAUGAUGAUCUCUCAGAUGACGACCAUAAGGAAAACCACGACGAGAUAGAAGGGUCUGUGGACGAGGAAUCAACUAAAUCAGACGAGGAAUACGAUGAUCUGGCAAUGGAAGAUUUCCAAGAUAGAGGGUAUUGGGCCGAUGACAACUAUAUUAUGGGGGAUGUUGAAGAAGAAUCAACUUUUCAUUCUCUUGGAGGAGAUAAGGGUAAACAAAUUAUCGAUCGCGUAACAAGGACCAAAAGUGAUAAGGUGUCAGAGUUGCCUGCCGUCAAACAGGGGGGCACUACUCGGAUGAGACGACGUUCACAUAGUCUUCCAUCAACGAAAAAACAUGGUGUGCUAACUAAAGGUUCCAUAUUGCCCAAUAGUUUAGAAAUGUAAUCAGUUGUUUGUAAUGUUAUGUUACUGUUUGUAUUCUUUUGCUUUCUUGUUUUUUGUUGUUUGAAAAAUUACACAUAACCUUAAUGUGGAUCCUUAAAGUUAUUAUCACUUCUAGCUUCUCUUGUC